UAUAUAAACCCAACCUCCACCACUUUUCCGAUCGCACCCUCUUUUCCUCCCCACCACUCCACCUACCGUUUCUCACUCUGGUUCUUGCGACUGAUGGGAACGAUAAUGGAGGAGCAGAAGAAACCAACUGUUAACCUAUCCCAACACAGCUCGUUCAUGUCUUCCCUAAAGACACAGCUAAAGGAAACCUUCUUUCCCGACGACCCCUUCCGCCAUUUCGCCGGCCUUCCACCCCGCCGUCGUGCUUGGUUCGUUCUCUCCUACUUCGCGCCGAUCCUUCAAUGGGCUCCCAAUUACAAGCCCUCCUUCUUCGCCUAUGAUCUCCUCGCCGGUAUCACCAUCACCAGCCUCGCCAUUCCCCAAGGCAUCAGCUACGCCAAGCUCGCCAACAUUCCGCCGGUCAUCGGACUCUAUUCAAGUUUUACUCCCCCGCUCGUCUACGCAGUCUUCGGCAGCUCGAACAAUCUCGCCGUUGGAACGGCCGCCGCCGUAUCGCUAUUGCUUUCAUCAAGCAUCAGGGACACCGUUUCUCCGGAAAACGAGCCGGAGAACUACUUAUUUACAAUCUUCACGGCGGCGUUCUUUUCCGGCAUGUUCCAGCUAGCGCUGGGCAUCUUCCGGCUCGGAAUACUGGUGGAUUUUCUCUCCAGAUCUGCUAUCACAGGUUAUAUGGCAGGUGCGGCCAUGAUUAUCAUAUUGCAGCAGUUGAAAGGUUUGCUUGGGCUUCAGCAUUUUACCAGCAAGACGGAUGUGGUGUCAGUUGUCGAAGCUGUCUUUCAGAAUCGGCAUGAGUGGAAAUGGCAGAGUGCAAUUUUGGGCUUGUGCUUCAUCAUCAUUUUAGUUGCAACUCGACGUCUGAAAGAAAAGAUUCCAAGGCUGUUUUGGGUGAACGCUAUUUCUCCACUGCUUGUGAUAAUUAUGGGAGGAGUUCUCGCCUUUGUGGUUAAGGGGAAGGACCAUGGAAUCCCUAUAGUGGGUGAGCUGAAGAAGGGGCUCAAUCCAAUUUCAUUAUCACAGCUGCAAUUCAAAUCUCCAUACCUUUCAGCUGCUUUGCAAGCCGGUCUGGUCGCAGGAUUCACAGCUCUAGCAGAAGGAAUUGCCGUCGGCCGGAGCUUUGGUUUGUUGAAGAACGAACAGACGGAUGGAAAUAAAGAGAUGAUUGCAUUUGGUUUAAUGAACAUCGUCGGUUCCUUCACUUCUUGCUAUGUCACCACUGGUCCCUUCUCAAAAUCUGCAGUGAACUACCAUGCUGGAUGUAGGACGCCCAUGUCGAAUGUGAUAAUGGCGUUAUGUAUGAUGCUCGUACUUCUCUUCCUGGCUCCUCUCUUCAAGUACACGCCGCUGGUGGCUCUAUCGGCCAUCAUCGUCGUCGCCAUGCUCGGCCUCAUUGAACUCCAUGAGAUUCGCCAUCUUUUCAAGGUCGACAAAUUCGAUUUCUGCGUCUGCAUAUCUGCUGUUCUCGGCGUUGUUUUUGCCAACAUUGAAGUCGGCCUUCUCUUAUCAGUGGGUUUGUCUAUAAUAAGAGCGAUGUUACAUAUGGCCAGACCAACUACUUGCAGGCUUGGAAAUGUGGCAGGAACCGAGCUCUACCUGGACAUGAAGAACUACCCUGAUUCAACCACCUUUCCAGGUUUCCUUAUCCUGCAAUUGGGCUCGCCCAUCUAUUUCGUCAAUGCCAGCUAUCUAAGAGAAAGGAUUACGAGAUGGGUUGAAGAUGAAGAAAACUGUACGAAGGAGAAAGGCCAGGAUCUUCAUUACAUUAUAUUUGAUAUGGGUGGCGUUGCUGCCAUUGACAACACCGGCAUCGGAAUGCUAUUUGAAGUCCAUAGGAUGCUUGGCAAGAAGAUGAUCCAGAUGGCAAUAACAAAUCCAAGGGGGCAAGUGGUGGAGAAGCUGAUGGCAGCUGGUUUCAUUGAUGUUGUUGGAAAGGAAUGGAUAUUUCUUUCCAUCCAAGACGCCGUAUCAGGAUGCAAUUUUGCUCUUGAAGAAGGUAAUAAGAGGAAUGGGAAGCAAGAGGACUUAGGUAAAUCUUACUCCGAAUAAAAUUCCACUCUAGCUUCCUCUUCUUAAUCAGAUCUGACGAAUGGAAAACUUAACAGAAGGUCAAAGGGCGAAGCCGCGGGGAAACAGAUCGGCAUGAGAAGA